UGUUUUCAACAGCGAUGGAGUUCAGCAAGCUGGAAAAAGUAGAAAUUGCAGGCAUCAAGGGGAAAGUGCUGAGUCAUCAAGUGGUGGAGAUCUUCAAUGAGUUCAAUGAGCUCUAUGCUAUGUUUGGUAAUCGAACAUAUGAUGGGCUGGAUGCUACAAACAAGGAAUUUGUUGAUGACUACAAUCAGUUCAGAGAAAGAAUCACAGACCUGGAUAGACGGCUGGCUUCAAUAGUUUGCCAGGCGUUUGAUGACUGUCCAAGUACAGAGUCAGCUCUUAAG